UCGUAAAUCGGGAAUUGAAAUUAUCAAAAUAAAGUUAGAAUGAAUAGAACACGGAAAAUAUUAUUGAGGGCCAAAGCUACUUUGAAGGCUGAUGCUAGUACUUUGGAUUUACUGGAAAUCCCAAAAUAUGAAAGUACGAAAGGACUAGAUCAAAAUGAAAUAACCAUACUUCUUUCCAAUCGCCAUAAGUUAUUUAAAGAAGUUAUAUCAACUGUUGGUGAAGAAGUUACAUCAACUCUUGAUGAUGAAACCGAACCCUAUGAAGACAGCGGCGAAGAAUACAUUCCAGAUUCUGAAGAGACAUCUUCCGACAGCGAUUCUGAAUUUCAAAACUUUAUAAAGUUUCCACCAUGUGUUUUACGAGAUCGCCAGUCUGAUAUGGAGGAACAAAAACAAAAUGCGUUGAAUGGAGGGAAUAGAAAUAAGAAGAAUGUAAUCAACAAAAAUACAGGAAGAGAGACACAUGUAUUAACUAAUUUAGACCAACCAAGUACAUCUACAUAUAUAAAUUGUCCAAUAUCGUUUAAUGAAGUCACAACAACUACUAAUGAAACUGAUACGUACGAAGAUCGUGAUGCUGAAAAUGUUCCAAAUUUUGAAGAUACAUUUUUUGACAAUAAUGAAUUCGAUCAGGCAAAUCAAAAUUUAGACACAGGAGAGAGAGAAUGA